UAAUGUGGUCUGGCCCUUUAAGGCUCAGCGCCGGGUCAGUGAGCAGUGUAGUGUUUUUCUAAUUGAUCUUCGCCCAAUCACCAAUAACUCGUUAGCAGUUCCGUGCUUUUAUUAUUCCUUGAAACCGUUUUUUUUCUUGUUGUAGCAAAUCAGCCCUCGGGCAGUGCCGUUAUACUUUCUGAAGAUCUCCAUGGAGCCUCUCAGAAGGACCUUGGCUUUCUUAAAGGAAAUACAAUUCUGCCGUCCAUGAAACAGCAGCCCUCGCCCCAACAUGACUAUUUUGGAAAAACGUUUCAGGCAAGAGAAGUUUUAAAGUGUCAGUGUGAGGUGUUACACGGCAGGGAAACGAAGCAAAACAAACCAAGAGCAACCCUGGAAGUUUCGAUGACCCUUUGAAUGAAACAUAAUCUGUCGAUAUUAGUGGCAAACGUUGGGACUGCGAUGACCUCCAGUACAGACAUGAAGGCAGGCUCCGCGUUGCAAUCUAGCGGCGAGGAGCGGAGACGGGGUCCGCUUGAUCAGCUUCCACCACCCGCUAACUCCAACAAGCCACUCACCCCGUUCAGCAUUGAGGAUAUUUUAAACAAGCCUUCCAUAAAGAAGUCCGUUGCCACCCUCUGUCCACCGAGGGUUUUGGAGAAAGUGACUGCCUCGAACGCAGUCAGGAACGGUAUAACCACUCCGUCCUCCCCGCUCUGCGCAUUGGAGGAACUUGCCAGCAAAACUUUUAAAGGUCUAGAAGUCAGCGUAAUCCAAGCAGCUGAAGGUCGCGAGCAUCUGAAUGCGUUUGGUCAGAGGCAGGCCUCUAAGAAGAGGAGGAAGUCCCGCACAGCCUUUACGAACCAUCAAAUCUAUGAACUGGAGAAGCGGUUUUUGUACCAAAAAUACUUGUCCCCAGCAGACAGAGACCAGAUAGCGCAACAACUGGGCCUUACGAAUGCCCAGGUUAUCACCUGGUUCCAGAAUAGACGGGCCAAGCUCAAGAGAGACUUGGAGGAGAUGAAGGCGGACGUAGAGUCGCUGAAGAAAAUACCCCCGCAGACGCUCCAGAAGUUGGUUGCCAUGGAAGACAUUGACGACCCCCAAGGAAGUUCGGGGGCUAUAUCGCCCAGUAUUUCUCCGUCCUCACAAGGUCACGGGGUCUUUCCCCAGUCUCCGGCUUCAUCUAGAGACCAAACCACGGACGAAUUUUCAGAGGAAGACGAAGAAAUUGAAGUGGACGAUUAAAAGUAACCGCCGUUUUUUGGAGGGAUGCUUUUCAUCUGCGCACGGACAAGGGGGAACAAUGUAAAAUGAAGGGGAAUUUUCUUUGUUUUUCUAUUUUAUUUAUUUAAAGGAUGGUUUAAAAAGAAACGCUCAUUAUUUCAGAUUGAGACGGCUUGAAAUUGACUCAAGUUUUAGAUAUGGAGAUAUUUCUUUAUCAGCUGCAACAAUGUAUGGUUGAAUGAAAAUGCAAGACUUUUUUCAAUGCAAUUUUGAAAAAUUCUCUGUGGUUUAUGGUACAGGAUCAAGACCGCAACGUAUGCCUGUGUAUGUAGGUUGACGUUCAUUUCACAAAGUUCAUGGGAAAGUCGUGCAAUUUGUGUUUUUUGAUAAAUCAUUGAUCACACUCACUUUUUUCAUAGCUGCUAAGGAAAUAUGGGUCUGCCGAAUCGGCAUUUUUCUCAUGUACGGACGUGUUGACGAAAUUACAAUUGAAAUUAUGGAUUGUCGAUAUGGCGUUUUGGUGUAAAAACGUGUCCCCAAAUGUUUAGGUUUUUAUUUACCUGAAUUUGCAUACCGACUAGUGUUUGUUUUUGACCUCAUAACUGAUCGACAGUAUGGCCUGAUUCUACAAGAAAAAUCCACAACAAAGCACCUAUCGUCAAACAGCUGUGUAUAUACUUUCAAUAAAUUAGAGACAUCUUAUUAUGGUAAUUUUAUUGUAACAUUCUAUUUAAUCACCAUCUAUGUAAAUAAAGGA